CUUUCUGCGCUCUUUAUCUUGAUUCUUUCACGGCUGACAGCUGCACAGUUUCUCCGGAUUUCAACACCAAACUACAAUAAUCAUGUCUCAAAGAGCUGUUCUGCACUACUUCAAUGGAAGAGGGAAAAUGGAGUCAAUUCGCUGGCUUUUGACCCUUGCAGAAGCAGAGUAUGAUGAGAUGUUUCUGACAAGCCGGGACCAGUAUGUGAAACUCCUGAAUGAUGGAUCGCUCAUGUUUCAGCAGGUUCCCAUGGUGGAAAUCGAUGGCAUGAAGCUUGUCCAGACAAAGGCAAUCUUCCAGUACAUUGCGGAGAAGUACAAUCUCCACGGGAAAGAUCCCAAAGAGCGCGCCAUAAUCAACAUGCACUGUGAGGGACUCAUGGAUUUAAUGGAGAUGAUGAUGAUCCUGCCCUUCUGUGCAGACCCUAAACCACAACUUGAGAAAGUCAAGACCAAAGCCAACGAACGCUACCUUCCUGUGUUUGAAAAGGCCGUGACCGGACCUGUAUACCUGGUGGGAGGUAGAGUCACCUGUGCAGAUGUGCUGCUGUUUGAAUGCAUCCUGAUGUUGGAAGAGAAAUUUUGUGACAUUCUCAAGGAGUACGACAGCCUCAGGUCUUUCAAGGGCAGGAUGCUCAGUAUUCCGGCCCUUCAUAGGUUUCUGCAGCCAGGCAGCAAGAGGAAGCCGCAACCAGAUGAAAACUACACAAAGACUGUCAAAGAGGUGUUCCAAUUAAACAUUCAGUUCUAAUAAACUCUGUAAAAGAUCCGGUACAUCUCUCACACAGGUACUCCUAAUCAGCCAGCAUGCAGACAUUGCAUAUAUGACAUGUGAAUCAAUGAUGUGUAAUUUCUUAUGUUAAAAUGAAUACUGCACUAAUGUAGCACAGAAGAACGGAUCUAUUUCGCAAGAGAGGAAUUUAUGUAAUCAUGUCUAACACUAUAUGUUUGUUCCAAUGUGAUGAUUUGAACUAAAUAAAUUUCUAAUUUUUGAAGAAUA